GUCACGAGUCGGUCGGUCGGUCGGUCGGUCGGUCGGUCGUCGGUCGGAAUUAAAUAAGAACGUUGUGUGUGUGGUGGCGUACGAAAGGGUCCGCUUGACAGUAAAGAAGAAGAAAAAAAAAAAGAGAAAAAGAAAAGAAAAAAAACAUGAAAGAAUAGAAAAGUAAAGGAGAACAAAAAAAAAAUAUAUAUAUAUAUAAAUAAAUAAAUAAAUAUAUAUAUAUAUAUAUAUAUAUUUGAAAAAGAGUUUCGAAGAACAGUUCGUCAUCGAGUGUCUCAAUCGACGUUUAAUCACGAGAAAAUUAAAUCGAUCUCCGUACAGGAUAGAGGACACUGACAUACAGAUAGAGAAAGAGAAAGAAAGAGAGACAUAGAGAGAUAGAGAGAGAGAGAGAGAAAGAGAGAGAGAGAGAUCGCAAUUCAUUUCAUUUAGAUAUUAAAUUAUAAUAUAAAUUAUAAUAGAAAUUUCGUGAGUGUCUUUUGUAAGUUAGAAGACGGAGAAAGAGAAAGAGCGCGAGAGAGAGAGAGAGAAAGAAAGAAAGAAAGAAAGAGAGAGAGAGAGAGAUAGAAGAUUUGGAGGUUAACCGUACCGAGGGAUCGCCCGGCUCGACGAAAUGGUAUAUGAAAGAGGCUUCGAUAUGGUGGAAACAAUGCCGCAAACAGUGCCUUCAGCGGCUGGCUAUUCGCCGUCUUUCGACUACAGUACCUUUCAAUUCGAUUUGUCUCUUCUUCCUGAUGAUUAUGGUGGUAUCGGUAAUGGUCAAAACAAUUUAAAAUCAACCCAGAUAAAGCAGGAGGCUUGUUCGCCGCGUCCUUGUUCCCCGAUAACAACGACGCCAAAAAUAACAACGACAACAGCGAUCACAACGACAACGGCGAAUUAUCCAAGUCCAGCUUAUACCGGUACUGGGCCUUGCGAGUUACCAUUGUCGCCAAAUUAUUCUCACGAAAAUUCACCUGGAUAUCCUACGAGCCCUUAUUACGUACCAAGAAGUCCCCAAAGUGCACAGUUUUAUCCGACCAGUCCUGAACCCCCUUCGAGCAAACAACCGAUCAAAAGAGAGAAGAGUCUCGAUUUGCUUGCAAUACUUCAAGAAUCCAGACUCUUAGCCGAGAGUUUAGGAUAUCGUGAAGAUUCGACGGAUUGUACGGUACCAUGUACACCGCCGAGAACCGAGGAGGACAUUUACAAUAGUCUGGAUGCUGAUUUUUUUGCUAAAAAAGAGGACGCCAGUACUGUCCAAGUUCAACAUCCCUUGUUAAAAGAGAUACUUUUCAAGGAGGAGCCACGUUCAGCUACAAACUCAUCGUCAUCGUCAUCGUCAUCAUCGUCAUCGUCCUCGUCCUCGUCCUCGUCAUCGUCAUCAUCGACUGCUUCGUCCUCGCCAGGACCUAUCGAGUACGAGAGCACGUCGCCAUUACGCGAGUUACUCUUCAAAGGUGUUAGAAAGGAUUUCAUCAACAAUCUUCAACAACAGACAACAUCGAUUAAAAUCAAUCAGGCAAAAAUAGAAAGACAACAGGACAUUAUAACAAGGAGUAAUCCUCUUGAGAAGGAAGAGGAAUUGUUCAAGGAUACUGAAAAAAGUGAUCAUCAAUUACUUCGCGAGGUAUUAAGGGAUACGAGCUUUCAAAGGAAAUACAAUUUGAGACCGGUUGAUCUUGGUGGGGUUGGUACUGGUUACGUCGAGGACAUGGAGUCUGGUGAAUGUGUCGGUGAUCUGGCAAGAGAACAAAUUGAACCAGUCCUUAGCCUUGCGAUUCAACAAUUACAAAAGGACUUUGAUAAUACCUGCGUUGCUUUGGGUAUACAUCCUGAGCCCAGACGUUGGAGCGCGGCUGACGUUGCCGCAUGGGUGCAAUGGGCCAGGAGACAAUUGCAAUUGCCGUCUGUGCCCUUGGAAAGUUUCAACGUCGAUGGCGCAACUUUGGCAUCCCUAACGGAAGAAGAGUUCUGUCAAAGAGCACCGCAGUGCGGCGGUAUGUUACAUGCACAAUUGGAAAUCUGGAAAGCCGCGGUCGAGGAAUCACCUAGGAAUACAUUGGCGGCAUCUUGGAGUCCAACUGGUGUAGUACAAACACCGGUCAAUCCUGUGACAACCACACCAACGUCCGCCGUUGUCAAUGUUAAUUCUGUCAACGUCAAAGGUUCGACAUGUACAAUUGAUUUCUCCGACGACGAGGAUGACGAUUGCAGUAACGGUCAAACAGGUAACAACGUUAAUGGCACCAAUCCACCUGGUAAAAUGCGAAAUGGUGGUUCACAUAUUCACCUAUGGCAAUUCCUAAAGGAACUACUACAGAGCCCAGGAGUACAUGGUUCCUGUAUACGUUGGUUGGAUCGCGGAAAGGGUGUUUUCAAAAUCGAAGAUUCAGUUAGGGUUGCCAGGCUAUGGGGUAAACGUAAGAAUCGUCCUGCGAUGAAUUACGAUAAGCUUAGCCGUAGCAUUAGGCAAUAUUACAAGAAGGGUAUAAUGAAGAAAACUGAACGUAGCCAGAGACUGGUUUAUCAAUUUUGUCAUCCUUAUUGUCUUUGAGAAAAAACAAAGAAAAAAGGGGGAAAAGAAAGGAAAGAAAAAAAAGAAAAAGAAAAAAAAACAAGAAAAAAAAAGAAAACAGAAAAGAAAGGAAGAGAAGGAGGAGAUGAGAGAUGAAGCGAGAAAAAAAAAAAAAAAAGAAAAAAGAAAAAAUAAAGAAGAACGAAAAGAACGAAAAGGAAGAUACAAUACAGAAUAAAUAAAACGAGCAAAUGGAGAAAAAACGAGUGACACAAAUCGCUCCUGUAUUUGAUGGAAAGGUUUGGGAUGGGUGAAGGGAGAUAAAAUAAACAAAAAAAAAAAAAAACAAACAAACAAAGGGUAGAAAGACAAACAGGGUUAUAUAUAUAAUAGAUAUGUAUGUGUAUAUAUAUAUAUAUAUAUAUAUAUAUAUAUAUAUCUACACAUACAUAUAAUCGGAACGACCUCCGCCUUUUUCUACGUGCGAUUCCGUCCGAAUUCGUUCGUUUUCUUCACUUCGUCGUCCCAAUUAGAAAC